AUGUUCAGAAUACAGCAAUACAAGCUCGAAUCGAUGCAAGUCAUUGAGUGGUGCUGGGAGCCAUUUCGACAAGGGGUUGGAUUGUUGAAGGGUAGCAGGCAUUUACGAAGCCGCCGCAAAUUAUUCCCUCCGGAUGACCUGUAUCGUUCCCCUCCCAAAAGCAAGCCAACUUUGGCGGACCACUCAUCACCCAUGGGCCAUGGCCACUAUUCUUUGUCGUAG